AUGAUUGACCCAAAAUCCUCACACGACUCUUCUUCAUCAACCCUUCCCACAUAUUCCGCAAUACCAAGGAAAGAAAUCUUUCGUAUCAAAUCGGCAAGAUCUCAUGAGCAAGCAGAAGCAUCUUUUACUUCAUUGUUGCUGCAACGACUCAAAUACGCAUGUUCAUCAUUGGUACGAGGAAGUGAAUCAAAGUAUGUUGCUCCUGGCAGAGAUUUAUUAGAAUAUGUCUGGGGUCAUAUUUUGUUGUGUUUUAAGAUCCGAUUAGAGAAUGGGAAAAGAGCCACUUGUUCCGAUGAUGCCGAUAUUGCUGAUAUUUUGGAAUUUUUCUCUCACGCUCAUUGGAUUUAUUUACAACCUUCGAUGAGAGAGAAUUUAUACAUUGGAUUUAAUUUGAAUAUUUCACGAGCCUUGUAUUACAAUGCGAAAGUAGACGAAACCAAAAAAACAUUUGACCUUUCCAAAGACUCGGACACUGGUGAAUUUUCCACCAAUUUUCUAAUAUCAAAUCAUGUCAUUAGGAAUUUGGAUUGUGAACUAGCUUCUUCUUUGUUACGAUAUUUUGUGAACGUUUUCACAGAAGAAAUGAACACAAUUAUUCAAGGAGGUGAUAAUACACUGAAAUCAAAGGAGCUUUCUCUUGCAAAAUAUUUACAACAAUAUGAGUCUAUCAAGCACAUGUUGGAGACUAUUAGAGAUUACUAUGUACAUGACAUGGAUGAAAAGUUUGGAGCAGAAAUACAGUUGAAAGAAUGUAUAGCGAAGGAUCACUUGCCAGACGUGUCCAAACUUAUCGCAUGUAUGAACUACAUUGCCAUAGACAAUAGGCAGCGAUCAGAUUGCAAAGAUAUUCGCCUCUUCUUUCAUCAACUCAAAAAUGUGUAUAUUAAGCGACAAUUGUUGGAACAAGUGGUGACACUCUCUUUCAUUCAUCAUGAGAGCGACUUAUGCGAAUUUAUUCGAGACAUAUUUUCUGAUUAUAUUACCUUUAGGCCUCGAACUUUGUCAUUGAAGGACUUGAUGUAUGAUCUUAAUACUAUCAUUGCCAGUAAGAAGAUCAAAAAGGUGACAGACGCUACGGGAAUGACAUUAUGUUGCCUCUACUUGGUAUUGAAGUCCUCUCAUGCACAACCAAAUGUUGAGUCCCUUCAACUAGAUCCCUCUCAACAUCAAGCAUGCCAAGAAUUUGCUGCUAAUGAUUUCAACAUUGAUGUGACGGAUGAACUAUUGGCACCUGAAAUGAUUUUCCUUUUGCAAAAUUUUGUCAGUAACGACAAUGAAAUGCAAGAUGAAUAG